UGCUCGGUGCCCGCACAAGCCCGCCCCGGGGGGGCCGUGGCGCUGGCCUUGCAGCUGCGGCCGCUGCCGGAGCCUCCCGGGCCGGGGAGACGGUCCUCCCCCUCCGGCCCCCGCCCUCUGCACUUGGGCGCACACCUCCCUCCCUGACGCAUUUUGCCGCACAAGCUGUAACAUGGCGGCAGCGACGGCGGCCUGAACUCUAGGGAGCAAGGGUGAUUUUCUUUCUGAUGCUUCGAAAUCGAGUGAAAGGAUUGGAUUAGUCUGCCCUUGAUUUUUGUCUAUUUAAAGGUUGAAAUACUGAAGCCAUGGGAAUAAAGGUUCAGCGUCCUCGAUGUUUUUUUGACAUUGCCAUUAAUAAUCAACCUGCUGGAAGAGUUGUCUUUGAAUUAUUUUCUGAUGUGUGCCCCAAAACAUGCGAGAACUUUCGUUGUCUUUGUACAGGUGAAAAGGGGACGGGGAAAUCAACUCAGAAGCCAUUACAUUAUAAGAGUUGUCUUUUUCACAGAGUUGUCAAGGAUUUUAUGGUACAAGGUGGUGACUUCAGUGAAGGAAAUGGACGAGGAGGGGAAUCUAUUUAUGGUGGAUUUUUUGAAGAUGAGAGUUUUGCUGUUAAACACAACAAAGAAUUUCUCUUGUCUAUGGCCAACAGAGGGAAGGAUACAAAUGGUUCACAGUUCUUCAUAACAACGAAGCCAACGCCUCAUUUAGAUGGGCAUCAUGUUGUUUUUGGGCAAGUGAUAUCUGGUCAAGAAGUUGUGAGAGAAAUAGAAAACCAGAAAACAGAUGCAGCUAGCAAACCAUUUGCUGAGGUGCGGAUACUCAGUUGUGGAGAGCUAAUUCCCAAAUCUAAAGCUAAGAAAGAAGAAAAGAAAAGACAUAAGUCAUCCUCCUCCUCCUCCUCUUCAUCCAGUGACUCAGAUAGCUCAAGUGAUUCUCAGUCCUCUUCUGAUUCUUCCGAUUCAGAAAGUGCUUCUGAAGAGAAAUCAAAAAAAAGAAAAAAGAAACAUAGGAAAAAUUCCCGAAAACACAAGAAAGAAAAGAAGAAGCGAAAGAAAAGCAAGAAAAGUGCAUCUAGUGAAAGUGAGACUGAAAAUCUUGAAGCACAACCCCAGUCUACUGUCCGUCCAGAAGAGAUCCCUCCUAUACCUGAAAAUAGAUUCCUAAUGAGAAAAAGUCCUCCUAAAGCUGAUGAAAAAGAGAGGAAAAACAGAGAAAGAGAGAGAGAGAGAGAGUGUAAUCCACCUAACUCCCAGCCUGCUUCAUAUCAGAGGCGACUUUUAGUUACUAGGUCUGGCAGGAAAAUUAAAGGAAGAGGACCAAGGCGUUACCGAACUCCUUCUAGAUCCAGAUCAAGGGAUCGUUUCAGACGUAGUGAGACUCCUCCACAUUGGAGGCAAGAGAUGCAGAGAGCACAAAGAAUGAGGGUAUCAAGUGGUGAAAGAUGGAUCAAAGGGGAUAAGAGUGAGUUAAAUGAAAUAAAAGAAAAUCAAAGAAGCCCAGUUAGAAUAAAAGAGAAAAAAGUAAUUGAUCACAGGCAUGUGUCUGAGAGUCCAAACAGAAAAAAUGAAAAGGAAAAGAAAGUUAAAGAUCACAAAUCUAACAGCAAAGAGAGAGACAUCAGAAGAAAUUCAGAAAAAGAUGAGAAGUAUAAUAAAAACAAAGUGAAGAAAAGGGCCAAAUCUAAAAGUAGGAGUAAAAGCAAAGAGAAAUCAAAGAGUAAAGAAAGAGAUACAAAGCAUAAUAGACAUGAAGAAAAGAGGAUGAGGUCAAGGAGUAAAGAAAGGGAUCAUGAGAUUAUUAAAGAAAAAGAAAAGUCUGAUUCUAAAGGAAAAGAUCAGGAAAGGAGUAGAAGUAAAGAGAAGUCUAAACAGUUAGAAUCAAAGAGUAAUGAGCAUGAUCAUAAUAAAAGUAAGGAAAAAGAUAGACGUGCACAGUCUAGGAGUAGAGAGCGUGAUACAACUAAAGGCAAGCACAGUUACAACAGUAGAACAAGGGAACGGAGCAGAAGUAGGGACAGGAGCAGAAGAGUGCGAUCUAGAAGCCAUGACCGAGAUCGCAGCAGAAGCAAGGAUUAUCAUAGAUACAGAGAACAGGAAUACAGGAGAAGAGGAAGGUCUCGAAGCCGAGAGAGAAGAGCAACACCAGGAAGAUCAAGAAGUAAAGAUAGGAGACGGAGAAGGAGAGAUUCACGGAGCUCAGAGAGGGAAGAAAGUCAAAGUAGAAACAAGGAAAAAUACAGAAACCAAGAAAGUAAGAGUUCACACAGAAAAGAAAAUUCUGAGGGUGAGAAGAGAAUGUACUCUAAAAAUCGUGAUCAUAAUAGCUCAAAUAACAGGGAAAAAAAGGCUGAGAGAGAUCAAAGUCCAUUCUCAAAAAUAAAACAAAGUAGUCAGGACAAUGAAUUAAAGUUCUCCACAUUGAAAAAUAAGGAUGACGAGAAGACCAGAUCCUCAGUGGAAAAAGAAAACCAAAAAUCAAAGGGUCAAGAAAAUGACCACAUACAUGAUAAAAAUAAAAAAUUUGAUCAUGAAUCAAGCCCUGGAACAGAUGAAGACAAAAGUGGAUGAGUGAGUUGUGUAAACUUAUUUCCAUUCUGUCUCAAAUUUUAAGUUUUAGAGACUUGCUGAUGAAUCUCCUUUAUGUUGUUUUCCUCUUUUCAUUGUUUUUGGGGUUUAUGUUUGUCUUUUUUUUUUUUUUUUUAAUGUGGACUUCAUUGAGUUGAUCUUUUGAUAAUCUGCAACCUGGAUAAUUUGUACUGCUAAAGUUUUAAUAAACUUGAAAUGAGAAAAACACUUUGGUGUAAUACUGUGUGCUGUGUUUAACUAUUUCAUGUAUGCAUUUUUGUGUUGCAACAAUCAGCCAGUAGCAAGUAUCCUAUUCUACAUCCCAGUUUGUGUGAUCAGCCAGUUCAAAACAAGCAUAACUGAUUGUUGGAAUACAUUGUUACAGAAGCUUGUGUUUCUCAUGAUUAAAGUAUCUUUAGAAGCCACUAGAUAGAAGAAAUCUUGUAUAGAUUUUAUGGUUGCAUUUAAAUAGAGGCUUGCAGCGGCUGCAGCUUUUAAUUAAACAGAAAAGCAGGAUCCUAAUAAUUUGAGAUCUUAGGUCAUCACUUUUUAUUUUAUAGUAAUUUGUGCUUUAAAAGUUACUUAUAUUGCACUUCCUAUGUUCUUUAUAAUUCCACUAAUAGCUUGAUUCAUACUAAUAUUUUUCCUGACUAGUUUUGUUUCACUUGUCUACAAAAAUAAUUACUUUUUUCAGCUGAUAUAGGAUUAAGUUUGAUUUGCUGUUAUACAGCAUCUGACAGGAACUAUACCUUGGAAAUUCAGCUUGUAAUUCUCAAUUCUAUGUUGCUUUUGGUCUCAAAAGAUGAAAUUUUUGCUUUGGGGAACAUUGCGUUAUUAUUAUUCUCAUUACCUUUCUCUAAAAUGAAGAUAUUUUUCUCACUAAAACAUACCACUUGUGCAGGUCUUUAUGUGAGAUUCUAAAAAUUGUUAGUAUUGACAUACUAACUUCCGAGAUCUCUUUUUUGGCCACUGGUCUAUAUAGAGUUGAGUGUUAAUUCUGCAUGGUACUUGUUUUGUUUUUGUUUAUGUUUUGUUUUUUUUUUAACUUAAGCUGGCUUCUCUAACUCAUAGUAGUGAAUUUCAAAUGGCAAGAAAAUGCAUCUUUUCUAUAUAUGUAUCACAAUAGGGUAUAGCAUGUUUAUGACUCUGGUUUCUUUCUAUUCAGAUGGCCUUCUACCAUUACUGUUAACAUUGUUUUAGCUUGGCAUGUGUAACAUUGCCACAUAGAGUAGAGUAGAAAGUUGCAAAAUUUGAUAGCUUACGGAGUUAAACAAUAAAAGAUACCCAAAGUCCAUUUAGAAUUUUGUGUGUUGUAUAUUGCUAUUUUUGUGAUGUGUGGCCUUUUUUCCUGUAAUUUCUCUUCUAAAUAAAAAAUAAAAUAUUGAACAUCCAGCAAACAGAAAACCUUCCUCAUUUGAGAAGAAAUUUCAGAAAUUAAUAGUAGCCUUUAGAGUGUUUUGUACUUUAAUAUUUGUCAAUGUAGUGUCAGCUCUUUUACCAGGGUAACUUCUUGGUAAAUCCAGUAAUUAGACUCAGUGCUGUUUGUACUGAGCAAAGCAGUGCUUAACAUAUUUCCCAUUAUUGAUUAAUACAGUAAUGACACAUUUGGCAUUGUGGUAGUUGUUUCCAUAAUGAAUAAUAGGUAAUGAUUAUAAGAUUGUUUGGAAUAUCUUGAAGCAAAUAUCCACAAUGAAGUCUUUUCUAAAUUUUUUUUCCUGACGAUAAAAGUGAUAGAUGUUUAUGAUAAUCUGGGAUGAUUGAUUUCUUAGAGACUGACCACAAACCUACCUUGAGUUCCCAAGCUGUAUAAUCUGUUACAUAUCUUAAAUUAGUUAUUGUCUUAAAUUCAGUAAAUUGCAUUUUAAAAAUCUCGUUAUAAACUAUUUGAGCUUUAAGAAAGGUGCUAUUUAAGAAAGGAUUUCUAAUAACAACAAAGACCCAUGCUAAGUAAAAAUACUUAUUACAUGUUGUCUGAUUGUAAAGCUUUACUAAGAAUUAUAGACAAGUAACCAUAGGGGAAAAAGUAAUUUCUAUAAGUAGUAUUCUGUUGUGGUUUUCAAAAGAGCAACUCCAUUCUAAGCAUUUAUAGACAUUUAAAAACUGUUAGUUUUUACAGUAGAACAGAUAUAGUGAAGAAAUUGAAAGAUGACAAUCAGGUAGAUUUUAUUUUCAGAAUACAAAAAAACAUUUAGAAAAUAAUUAAACAGCAUUAACUCUAUGUUGUCUGCCUUUGCAUCAGAAUAGCACAUAGCUCAAACAGUCCUUUUAUUAAUUUUUUUUAGUUUUAUUAUAUUUUUAAUAGUUGUGUCACCUUUAGCUUUUAUUUUGAAUAUCCUCUUUCCAGAAAGACGGCUCUUUCUUUCCUGUCAAAUUGAUUUUAUAGUUCUGUCUGAGCUUACGGUUUACCUCAAACUAUCUUUGACUUGAUAUCCUCUAAAGAUAUUUAAUAGGUUUAUUCUAUUGUUUGGCAAGUUCUGAGUUUUUUUUCAUGAUUAUUUCAUUCUUUUUUUGGGGUAAACCAUCUGCCACAGAAAUUGACACUACAGAGAGAUUAAUGUUCAGUAGAGAAUCUGCUGGAUUGCUUUAAAAUAUUUUUAAAUCACAGUUAAUGAGUUCAUAAGACCAUUGUAGUUUCUAAUAGAGUACCUUAAAGCCCUCACAGAAGUUUCAAAGAAUGUGUCUGAUAAAUCUUUGUACAAGUAUGGCACUGAUUCAUAUUGGCUUUGCUGAAUGGCCUUUGAUUCUUGUGCCCGGUAGAAGGUAUUAAACUGAAAAGUGAACAUUUCUUAAUAUUGUAGAAAGGAACACAUUGGGUUUCGGUAUUUUGAGUAGUGAUGUUAAAGGACGAUUCUAAUUUGUUUUCACGUUAAUAUAUGGAACAAGUUAGUAUGGGUUUUUUUAGUAUCUCACUGUGCUUUACUCCAGGUAGCAAUUUUUUUCAUCACAAUUUGAAUCUUUUAUAGUAAAUUUCCAUAGUAACUUGUUCCCUUUACCUUCACCAGAAGGUACUUUAAAUAUUAUACAUGAUAUAUAGUUGAUUGUUAUAAAAAUACAUAAAAUGGGUAAUUUCCUGUCUUCUGGUCAUGCUUAUUGUAAUUAUUCAGUUUAGUAUUUCAUACAUUUACAGAUGAAUAAACUCCAAGGAUUAUAGAUUUAUAACCUGUUUAUUGUGAAAAGUUGUUUUGUUGCAAUAGUUAAAAAUUAAUAAACUCUAGGAAGUGCAGCAUUGACUGACACCUACCCAUAGUGGGUUUCCCAGCUACCUUUAAAGGCUUCAGACAUGCAAACUGGCCUGUGGUAUGAUACAAGAAGUAAAUAUUAAAAGAAAAA